AUGAACAGCAAAAGUCAGUCCUUCUAAACCAACUUGAUAAUAUUUUGAUAGUUCCAGAAAUUAAGCUUUCUGAUAUAAAAGUACCAGAAAGAAUUAUAGGAAAAGGCUGUCCUUCUAGAACCAAAUAA